AUGCAAUAUGACUAUCUCAUCUCGUCGUCAAGAAAAGGAAGGUAUAACAUCGCCAUGGUAUCAGAUUUCUUCCAUCCUAAUGUCGGCGGCGUAGAAAGUCAUAUUUUUGCUUUAUCGCAAUGUCUAAUUCGACGUGGUCAUCGGGUUAUUAUUAUCACCCAUAGUUAUGGUUCGAAAGGUAAACAACGUCAAGGUGUAAGAUAUUUGGCUCGUGGACUUAAAGUGUACUACAUCCCGAUGCAACCAUUUUAUAAACAAUCAAUCUUCAUCACUGUUCUGGGCACAUUACCAAUAAUUCGUGAAAUAGUGUUACGUGAACAGAUUAAUAUUGUACAUGGACAUUCGAUAUUUUCAUCUUUUGCUUGUGAGGCCGUUGCUCAUGCACAGAGUCUUGGUUGUCGAACUGUAUAUACAGAGCAUUCUCUUUUCGGUUUCUCAGAUCUAUCAGCUAUUAUUAUGAAUAAGGUAAUGGAAGCGUUUAUUCCCGACCCAUCUUCUCGUGAUCUUAAUUAUAUUACUAUAGUCGUGGUUUCGCGUUUAGUUUACCGUAAAGGACUUGAUUUAUUGGUUGCUAUCAUUCCAUCGCUAUGUUCAUUGUUCCCAGAAUUAAGAUUUCUAAUAGGCGGUGAUGGACCUAAAAGACUUGAGCUUGAAGAGAUUCGUGAACGUUAUCAACUACAUUCACGUGUCAAAUUACUAGGAAGUUUGCAGCCUCAUGAAGUUCAUUCUGUCCUAAUACAAGGCGAUAUAUUUCUGAAUACAUCUCUGACAGAAGCAUUUUGUAUAGCGGUUAUUGAAGCUGUUUCUUGUGGCCUUAUGGUUAUCAGUACAGCAGUAGGGGGACUUCCAGAAGUCCUACCUGAGCAUUUCAUUCGACUUGCUCCAGCGAAAGCUUCAGAAUUAGCCUCCGUUGUUGCUGAGUCCAUUAUUCAACUUCGUCAACAACGACAAAAUUUUGAAUUCACAUCUCCUGUACAAGAAUCUCUUGAUAAUUUAAUGUUUCUCAAAUCAGAAAAGUGUGAACCUCCUAAUCCCCUGUGUAGAUUCUCACUAGCAAUUGAUUCAAUUAGAAAUUUCGAUGGAACUGAAUAUAAUUGUAAUUCAAUUACGGAUCAUUGUUGGCAUAUGCAUAAAUGGAUUCGUAGCACAUACUCUUGGCCUAAAGUUGCUAAACGUACAGAAAAAGUUUAUUCUGCUGCUAUGUCUAGACCAACUGUAUCAUUGCGGGAGAGAAUUUCCACAUUAUACCAACUCGGUCCAUUUACUGGAAAGGUGACUUCUUUUGCAGCUGUUCUACAUUGGCUUCUUCUCCAGUUUCUUUGCUGGUUUAGACCCGUACAGAUGAUCGACUUACAACCAUCGUUUGAUGUGCCUAUUGAAGAUUUAAGUGACUGCGAUCAAGGGGAUUUCUCAGACUGUAGUAACGAUCCCGUUCAUUUAUACUCCUAA